AAGGAAGUUCAACGACAAAGUGGUAUUAAUCUCGGCCGAUCCUCUCAUACGAAAGAGGAUGAUGAUGAAGGCCGCGGGGAUGAAGACUAUGACGAAGAGGGAGAAGAGGACGAAGAGGAGGAAGAGGAGGUCGAUGAAGAUGAGGAGGGAGAUGAAGAUGAAGAAGGGGAAGACGAAGAAGUUGAUACAAGGGAGAUUAACGUUGGCCAGAAUCUUCACAGUGGCGAAGAAUGUUACACUAAGGAAAAUGAACUUGGAGAGGCAAAAGAUCCUUAUGAAAUCAUACUGCCCCAUAUUCCUGACACUAUUUUUUCGGAGCGUCUCAAGCUAUACAAAAAGGAGAAACUUAUGGAGACGUGCGAAAAAGUAACCAAGAGAGCAUCGCCAGGCGACAAUAACCACUUUCUCUCAUGUAGUGACCAGCCCCCACAACCAGUGCAAAGUCAGCCGUCGCCGUCGCAGCAACAUUAA